ACUUCCAUACACAUCCUUUACAAUCCCUUCUAAUAAAAAAGAUGGCAUCCCAGACCAUUGAGAGCUAUCGUCAGGGCGCCGAGGUCCACCGCGGUGACGACCUCUGCAAGACGAAGUCCAUCCAACUCCUCGAAGAGCUCGGCCUCCCUAGGGGCUUGUUUCCCCUCGAGAACGUCGAGGAGUUUGGCUACAACCGUGCGACUGGGUUCAUGUGGCUCGUCCACAAGAAGAAGAAGGAGCACACGUUCAAGAAGAUCAAGCAGACGGUGUCGUAUGCCACCGAGGUGACAGCCUUCGUGGAGCAGCGCAAGAUGAAGAAGAUGACGGGGGUGAAGACGAAGGAGCUGCUGCUGUGGCUGUCUGUUGUCGAGGUGUACAUCGAUGACUCCUCGUCCGAUAAGAUCACUUUCAAGACCGGCACUGGCCUCUCUGACAGCUUCCCAGUGUCGGCCUUCGAGCUUGAAUAGUGUGUCAAAGAGAAGAGGGUCAGGGACUAGAGCUUGUUCCGAUUCCUCUUUGAACUGGAAAUGGGAAUUAGGACUUCGCUCUUUUGUGUGUGUUAAGAACAUUACUAAGACUUCAGUAUCUGAUUUGCUUUUCACUUUAUAAUAGCUGCUGUACCAAAUAAAAGUUCAUUCAAUGGUCUUAUUGCCAUAUAUGUCUUCAGAAAAUCAUAUCAUU